AUUUGACGAAGAUAAGCUUUAAAUGGGAAUGAGCGAACCCGAAUGACUUCUAAAAACCAACAUUUUAUAGGUCAAUAAAUUCGACCCAUGGUCUAUAAACAUGGCUAAAUGAAAACAUAUAGUUCCAUUAAAAAAAAACAGAUUUCCUUGACAUCUCGAGAACACCUUCACUGUCAUCAUAAGAUAUUUUCUUUGAAAGAGCACAAGUAUUACUUGAAAUACUUUUCCGAAUAAUGUACAGUUUAAGAGAUAUUUGCAUGGAUCAAUUAAAAUUACACCCUGUAUAUAAUCUUAUCCUUUUUCUUAAUCGUAAUUUUGUUUAUCGCAGCGUGAUCGUGGCAUAUUGAUUAAAAUCCCUAACUCGCUUUGAGGCGACUUUGGGAUAUUUUGAUAGUACUAUUGGCAGUAAUACAUAGUGACGUUUCAAAAUUUGUAACUGAAGAUAACUGACAUUAUAAAUUUGUGUUUAUAGUUUUCUCAUUUUUAUCAAAUGUUUUAACAGUGACAUUAAUGUAAAUGUAAUAAUGAAUGAAAUAAUGACGCUUAAGGAAAAUCAUAUAAAAAUUUCGGAUUUACAAGUUAAGGAUUUACUGCAGAAUCAGAUCAAGUUAAUCGAUCAUAUCAAAAAUAAACGAAAUCAAGACUUUAGCGAAGAUGGAAUAAAGAUCACAGAUUUAACAUCAAAAAUAACUUCUAUGAGGGAUACCCUUCAGUCUGAAAAACAAACAUUGGAAUAUAAAAAUCAUGUUUUAUCUAAGCACUUAGACCACAUAACAGAGUUGGAUGCAGAGAAAAAUAAAUUUUUGGAAGAAUGUCAACAAUUGGAAUUGCAAAGAAAUAAACUUAAAACAUGUAAACGAAACAUACAGGAUCAAGAAUUACUAGAUCAAGGAAGAAGAAAAUAUGCAUUAUAUAGAGAAUUAACUGGAAUACGAUGGGAUUUUGGAAAGCUUAAAGAGAAUAUUACAGGAAAUAUAUAUAAAGGAGUGUAUAUCCAUCACUUUUCUUAUUCAAAUGAAGAAAAUACAAAAGAUUUGAAUAAUCUUUUAUGGCAAGAGAUAUAUCAAUCUGUGAUCCAUAACGAGCAUAAAAACACAUAUGAUAAGGAAAAUACUGUACAAAAUAAAUAAUUGUAUCAUGAAUUGAAAUAAAUUUCUAUUCCAUAAA